AUGGCUGAGAUCAGCCCGUCGUUCGCCGCUCCUGAAGCAGCUGCAAACCCCGACCCGGCGUUGCUCAAAACACCAACUCAGAAGGUGGCCCGUAGCGGUAGCUCCGAGGCGGAGGACACCCGUCCGGGGAAGAAGCGCAAGCUCAUGCCACCUCUUAUGACUGCUGCUGCCGCGCAGGAAGAGAUUAGGAACCAGACCAAGCCCACCCCACCAUCGACUGAGACAAGUCCAAACCCUGCCGUACAAGCCCUCAAUGCCUUACUCGGUAACCAACCGGAGAUGUCGAGGGCGACUGGUCCACAGACACCAAACCCUGCGACAACAGUCAGCGCCCCGAUGGCUGAAGUAGCCGCAAAUCUCACACAGACUCCCGGUGCGCCAGCCGACACCAACACAGCAGCUGAGGGCAUCACACAGACCAGUCCCGUCAGCAUGUCCAGCCUGGCAACCCUCGAGAGCUUGCCUGGACCGUCAGGCAUGACCACAACGGUGGGGAGUCCAUUGCCCAUGGACGAAACAGCAAGACACGCUUCUGCUGGAGGCGACGUGUCCAUGUCGCCCGAAGAUGGCAAUAAGGCAUUCACGUUCCCGCCGCCUCUGCUACAGCCAGGGAGUGACGCAGCUCGAAGAGGAAUGAGUCUGCCAGGCUCAAAUACGCGGCAAGGUACAAGAUCCCCAUCCAGCAAAAAGCACAAAUGCCCAUACUGUGCCACCGAGUUCACUCGUCACCAUAACCUGAAGAGUCAUCUAUUGACGCACAGUCAAGAGAAACCAUACGUCUGCUCGACGUGUCAAUCCCGUUUCCGACGUUUGCACGAUCUCAAGCGCCAUACGAAGCUCCAUACUGGUGAGAGAAAUCACAUCUGCCCGAAAUGCGGUCGGAAGUUUGCCAGAGGCGAUGCACUUGCUCGCCACAAUAAAGGGCCGGGUGGGUGUGCCGGACGCAGAGCCAGCAUCGACAGUUUUGGCGGUGACGACGACAUGGAAGGCGGCGAUGAAUCUAUGGACAUGACCAUGUACGGCGAGCCAGAAGCCAUGGACGAGGACGGGAAUGGCAUGCCCGGUCCUCCCAGCAUUCGAAGACAGGCGCCAUCUGGAGACGAUACAUUUGACGAUCCAGAUCACGGCAAUCGCUUGCCGAGUACAUACCCACCCAUCCAAGGUCGUCCACCAGGUGGAAUUGCCAGUGGCAGCUAUGGCCGACAUGGCGGCUAUGGUGCCACGGGAACGAAUUCAUCGGGCUCUGGACCAUCAAACCCGAGUCUAGGAUUUCAAGCUCCUGGGUCCGGGUCUGGUACAUCACGGCAUGGUGGACCCGGUGGUAUUUUCGCCCAAAAUCCACUGACAGAAAGUCCCAAGCCGUUGUCACCUGGUGUUAGUCAAAGGAACUCGCUUGGUGGUCCAUCGGACCGGAAUCGUUCUCCAAGCAUGAGUCAGUUCCCACAACCAUCGUCAUACCCUCGAAGUGGUGCAGGGUCAGGGUCGUCGUCCUUAAAUGUCAAUGUCUCUGCUAGCAGCACUUUGCCACCACCGAUGCCAGAUCCUCGUUUCACCCUUGCAAGCCAAGGCACUCCAACUCAUCCUCCAACUCAGCCGACCGGUCCUCCCAAUCACAUGGCCAGUGGUCCGCUGUCAUCCCACAGCAACAGUCUGUCUAGUCACGGCCUGUCCGGCCACGGAAGUGGAGAAGCUUAUCCGGAUAAGGACCGCCUAUGGGCUGUCAUCAAGAACCUUGAAAAUCGUGUUAACAGCAUGCAAGGCGAAAUCGACUCACUCAGGUCACAAUUGGCGGUAGCUACUGGUCAGCAGCCUCGCACUAACUAG